AUGAACACGUUCGCAAGGGGAAUGGCCAUGCGUGGUCUUGGAAUAGUCUAUGCUGCGUUGCAAAUGCGCGUAGGACUGCACCGUCUGGGUUCUGGUAUUAAGUUUGGAAAUGUGACGGCCGAUGGCAAAACAGAGGACGAGGCGCUCACUGCAAAGAUGCGCGCUGGAGGAAAUAUGCAGGAGUAUGUGCCGUUUGGCCUAGUCCUGAUGCUCCUCAUGGAGACUGCUACACCAAUGCCGAAAAAAGCCGUUGCAGCUUAUGGCGCGGUGCUCGCCCUUUCGCGGCUGAGUGCUGCAUACGGGCUCAGCAACACCUUCACUCCGGGCUUCAACGCAGGGCCCCCGCGCAAAUACGGCUUCCUGGGCACUGUCGGUGCCCUGAUCGCGGCUGGAGCCUACCUGUCCAUCCAUGCGCUGAAGACUCUCGGGAAAUGAUGACGAUUCUAAGCUGCAAAGGGUUCUAGGGCUCAUCCUGAGCCUUGGAUUAUUUCUUGGGCUGAAGGUUUUAUGGCAUAUUAGUCCGAUGCUCGGGCAGGUUCGCUGUUCGACGUGGGCUGCAAAGGCGCAGCGAAGUCCUUAGACACGUGAUGACCGCGCACGACAAAAUAUUGCCACAGUCACUAUCAUUAUUGCUCAGCUAUUAUGCUGUCUGUCGCGUGUUUCCGCGGGCCGUGCGUGUUGCUGUACGGUAUUUGUGAUUAAGCCGUUUCUGAUCCGCAUUUGUACAUGCGUCCGUGCUGCUGUUUCUUUAUCAUCACGUUUGGGCAUUAGAGAAGGCCUGGAAGGGGGGGAAAGUUGCCUGCGUGCUCGUGUUUGGUGGCUUCUUUGUUUGUGGCAGCAGAAACAUUUUACUCCUGGCAGCUUUGGUUUAUAGACAAUGUCUUACAUAUUCCGGAUGUAGGACGUAUGCAGUUUUGCAUGUGUCCUCGCACUUCGAACAUUACGAAGACACACACACACACACACACACACAUCGGCGGUCGUCCCCGCUGGGGUCGGCUAGGUGCCCCUUGCCAGCGUCAGGCCCGGAUCGAUAUGUAAUGUAAUAGAUACACACAU